CUCAUCCGAGGGUGUGUCCUACAUGACCGUAUGUGCAUGCAGUCUCCCUGCUGCCACAGCCUUCUGCUUCUUAGAAGACUUGCGCUGGGAAUUCACAGCGUGCUUUGACAACUCUGCAGUGGCCCUGGCAAGCAGGCCAUACCCAUUUCUGGAGUUUGGUAGGAUGACAGAUAGAAAUAGCGGCAUUCAAAAACUUCAGCAGCAUUAUAACCAGAAAGGGGGUCCAUCUCUGGAGGUCACCCUGGCCGAGGUGCAGGAAGACCUCAGGACCAGCCCCCCUCAGGUUCUCACCAUGGAGGAUGUGGCGCUCACCAAUGGAGCAGCCAAUGGGCAUGUAGAACAAACAGCUGGAUCAGGUCAAAGUCAGAGAUUGGAACCAGUCUCAGCACCAGGGAUCCUCUCACUGAUUCUUAACAUCAUGUGUGCUGCCCUCAACCUUAUACGUGGUGUCCAUCUUAUUGAAUACACCUUCCAGGAUGAUUAUGAUGGUGUGUGGAAUGUGGUGGCGUUUCUAUUGGCAUUUCUCUGCUGUGUUUGUCAGUGUCAUCUGUACUUAUUCCAUACCUGCCAGAAGAAGCUGAAAUCCUUUACUCUCCUGACUCUCAUCAUCUUAUGCAAUGCUUUUCUCUUUGGCCUGAGGAACAUCUGGCAGCUGACCUUCCACAUGUCCGUGGCCUGCCUCUCCACGCUACUCACCCUCCACCGCAAACUGCUGGACAGAAACAUGGACUGUGGAGUAUGAGGACUUCAGCUGGCUGUGGACAACAGUAGGGUGAGAGACCAAAAAAUGGACGAGACUUUCCAUGUGACGUGGUGGCUCACGAAAACAGACACUGGUUUUUGCUUUAGCUUUUUCUUUGAUCUAAUGUUAUGAUCAAGUGAUUAUUUUGUCUCACAUGGAUAGUGAGUGCAAUGGUUUUUCUACAGGGGUCUUCAAUUCCAUUGAUGCAUAUCAGAAAUCAAGUUUUUAAUGACAUAUUGUGAAUGUAAUAUGGAGAAAUUGAUAAACAGACAUGAAGUAAGCAUUUUGUUGGUUCUGAAAGUUAAUUUUAAGUUAAUUUUAUUUUAUUUAUUUGCUGCAAAAUAAGAAUACAUAUUGUUUAAGCUAAUUUAAAACGGUAAUCUUUGUUUACUUUUCUGUAUGAAGGGUUUUUUGUGUCGGUUUAAUUGUUAUAAAGCUAUAAAUUGCAUGUAAAUGACUGAAAGUGGGUAGAAAUGGUAGUAACUUCGGGUGAUUCAUGGACAUGUUUCAAUAUCAGGCAUUUUAGGUUAUGAAGGAUAUUUGGUUAGUAACUAUUUCAGUCCAUUUGAACAUGAUCUUUUGGUUUUAUUUUGGGCAGUGUCGGUUAGUUAGUAAUGAGCUACUCCACAAUACCUUAUUUUUUUUGUAUUAUAUUAGUACUAUAAUUUGUAUACAAAGCACAUUCAGGUCUUUUAACUAGUCUUAUGCCAUUUAUUUCCACACAAGAUCAUUUUGUCUAGCCUACCUUUCUAUAAUACUCAUCCCAAAGACUAUAAAAACCAGAAAUAAUUUCAGUAAACAAUCAUAAUACAACAUUUAUUUAUCAAGUCGGUAAGAUGUAGAGGUGCUAAAGAAUUCCACAUCUAUUUUCUUAACAAAAAACUACAUUAAUGAUGAUUUACAGAGCUUAGUUUACAUAUUAAUGUAAUUUAUUUGCACUAUUAUUCUUCCUGAAAUAGACAAAAACCACUUGACAUUUUGUUUGUUUAUUUUGCAGCAGACAGUAUUAUAAUAUAACAAGUUUGAGUAAACUUAAGAUUAAGUUCAGUUUGUUUGCGUUAAUCUUUCAUCAGUUCAAUGUUUAAAAUAAUAAGGAAGCAUUGUCAUGUUAUACGGACACAUUGCGUUUCGUUAUACUUAUGCUGCAUUUCGUUUUUUUGCAAAUGUCAUGCACUUCAAGCAAUCAGCACUGGAAAUUCUAAGUUAAUCUGAAAUAGUUUUUAGGCAAGUAAUAAGCAUAUAAAAAUGUGAACUAUGGCGAAAUUCCUGAAUUUUUACAAGCAAGCUGUGCUUCUAAAUGGUUGCAAAAUGUCAUUUUGCUGUGUUGUAGCAGCAGCUUGCGUGUAAAGUUUUUUUCUAGGAUAACAUUUAAUGCUGUGGUAAAGCUACAGUGUGUUCAUGUCAAUGCCUUAUUACAUGAUAUGAUUACAGAUAGUUAAACAGAGGAGUGAGAAUGUAUGUAUUAUCAUUUUAAAGCAUGUGAAAACGGCAGCCAAUGUGCAGUAAAUCGAAUACUAAUUGUAAUAAUAGUAAUGAAAGGGCUCUGUUUCUAUUGACUGAUUUCUAGGCUUUCUUCCCAGGAUAGCUUGACAAAAUAAAGCAACAUGUUCCAAUUUGUAAUCAUGGUUUCUUAUACAAUUUUAACAAGGGUUGCUGAGGUCACAGUGGUGCCCUUAGCCUUUUAAAUUGAUGCAUAUUUACUCACUCCUCAUAUAAUACAUGGAGUACUGUGUUUGUUGAAUCUAUGAGAUAUGUAUUUUUAUAAUAAUAGUUUUUCAUGUUGUAGAUCAGAUUGACUGUUUAGUUACACAAAUGAGAGAACCUGUAUUUAGAUGAGUUUUAUCUCAUGCAUUUGUGACCCAUGUUUUUUUUAAAGCCUGUGUCAGUGAACUGCAAUUGGUGCUGGAGGUUAUUACUUACAUACUGCUUUUGAAAGCCUGAAACCAAUAUUGUCUUACAUCAACCUACAUUCGAUUCAGAUGAUGCAUGCGUUUAAAACUUUUUUUAAUCAAGGACUAUGGCAAUUUUGUCUUUAACAAGUGAUUCUGCUUAAUGGAUGGACAGUUUUUUUGUUUUUUUUCAGAUAGACAUUUGAAUUGGUUUUGUUUCACUGGAGUUGAACUGCUCUUUUAAAUACAACCAAUGAACCUCCAGCAACCAAGUGAAAGAUUCUUAAGUAGUGAACAGUAAUGCGAGCACUAUUCUGUGGAAGCCUGUUUCUGCCACAAAAUAGAAAAAAAGACAAAGAAAAGUUAAUUGUGACUUUUUAAUCUAACAAUUCUGACUGUUUAAAUAAAAUUAAUCUCAGAAUAUUCUUAGAAAUCUCUAAGAAAAACGAGAAAUUCUAUAAAAGAGUCGAAUUUGCAAGAUAUCAACAAAAUAUAAAUAAAUAUAAUUUAUUUAUUUUUGUUUCUGCCACGGAAUAGAAAAUAAAAAAGGUAACUGCAACUUUAUAUCUCACAACUGGCACUUGUUUCUCAGAAUUAUGAGUUAAGCUCGCAAUUCUGGGAAAUACGAGGAAAAAAAGUCAGAAUUAUGAGAAAAAUAGGUCAAUAUUAUGAGAUAAAAACUCAAUUAUUUUUCAUUUAAUAAAUUUUAUACUGUGGUGGAAACAUGCUUCAAUAUUAUUCCCUUGUUGCAACUUGUUUGUUGCUAAAACAGAUUCAGACAUUUAAUAAAUCAACAGC